AUGCAAAAGGCUGAAAGCACGGUGCCUUCCUUGGACGGGGAUCCUAAGAUUGGAAAGAAAUUGUCAGAGAUAUUCGAACCAGGACAUGUGCAGCCAGAACGUCACGAAUAUUAUGCCUACGACCACCUUGGCUCGCCUUUUCCUGUUUUCCAUUGGGAUGAACUGAAAGACAUCCCUUACGAGCACAAAGGCCUCCAUGGAGAUCCACGAUUUCGGGAUCUGCUUGAUGCUGCCGAAGAUGUGUUCGACUACAUCCGAAAGAUUGGCACGGAGAUCAGUGGCAUCAAGAUGACACAGCUCACUGCUGCGCAAAAGUGUGAUCUGGCAAGGCUCAUUGUGACUUCGAGAGUUGUAUUCUUCCGCAAUCAAGAAGACUUCGAUAUUGAGGCCCAAAAAGAGCUGGGAAAGUUCUUUGGCACGCUUCAUAGGCAUGCUACGACUUCGAUGCCUCAGAAAGAAGGGGUUGAAGAUCAUUUACACGACAGACCAACCAUUGGACCAACGUGCUCUCUGUACCCCGACGUAUUUGUGGCACUGGGAUCAGGAAGAGGAGCACAACAGGAAAUGGAGCCUGCCACAGACAAAUAA